CGCAGCUGCCUGAGCGUUUAAGCCCGGGCUCGCGCGGCCAGAGCCGCUUUCGCCGCCCGGCAGCCUUUCGGCCUAGCGCCUCCGCGGGUGUCGGCGGUCCGCGCGUCUCAGCGUCCCGGGAGCCGGCGCCGCGGGCCGGAGCGGCGCGCCGUGUGUUCGGGCAUGCCCCGCUACGAGCUGGCUUUGAUCCUGAAAGCCAUGCAGCGGCCGGAGACCGCCGCUGCUCUGAAACGGACGCUCGGAGCCCUGAUGGACAGAGGGGCGGUGGUGAGGAGCUUGGAAAGCCUGGGCGAACGCGCGCUGCCGUACCGGAUGGCCGCCCACAGCCAGCGGCACAGCCGAGGAGGGUAUUUCUUGGUGGACUUUUAUGCACCGACAGCAAGUGUGGACAGCAUAAUGGAUCACUUGUCUCGAGACAUUGACGUGAUCAGACCUAACAUCAUGAAGCACCCUCUGACCCAGGAAGUGAAGGAGUGUGAAGGGAUUGUCCCGGUCCCGCUUGAAGAAAAACUGUAUUCCACCAAGAAGAGGAAGUGAGAAGAUUCACCAGAUUUGGGCCUUGUGUUUAAUUCACUCUCUUUGGAGCAUCGUGGAUUAAUCAUUUACAA